AUGGCACCUAAAAGAAUGCAAGGUAAGGGUUUAAGCAGUGCACUAAACGACCUUAUACAUCGGACCGAGGAGCAUUCAGAAGAUCCUUUGCAAUUACUUAACUCUAUCGGGGAAAUUGAUUUGGACCUUGAUGAUGUGAUGAAUGUUGAUAGAUCUAUUUCGAGGAGGAGACGGGGCAAGAAAAAAAAUACGGCAGUUGGGAGAUUGCAAGCGGGGCAAAAGAUGACUCUUCAAUUUAACCCUAUAGAUGGUAAACCAAUGUGCGAGAAUAGGACAGCUUGGUCGAGGCAUAUUGGGAGUGUCAUUCGAGACUCCAAUGCACUACCUCACAGGAUUUUGCGUUGGUCGGACCUGAGCUCUACACAGCUAGAUCAUAUAUGGAUGGCUAUCAUGGAUCCUUUCGUGGCUGUGGGGGAGGACAUCAACAACUAUCGAAGACAAUGUUUAUUUCAAGCAAACAAAUUAUGGGAUAGAUGGAGAUGUCACGAUGAAGCUCGAUUGGGGUCGUUAAAUCUCCUUAGUGCCGUUAAAGCAAAGUUUGAAGAGACAAAGACCGCGAAGAAAGGACGACUAUUCGUGGAAACAAAAGUAAAAAGCCAUGUGGUUAAAGCCUUUUUGGAUACGGGAGCCAACAACAACUUUCUAGAGGUAAAAGAGGCGGGAAGACUAGGGAUUAGGUACACCAAAGAAAAGGGGUGGCUUAAAUUAGUCAAUUCGACACCAAGUGCAACUUAUGGAGUUGCUCAGUUCCUAGACAAGGUAAAUGCAUUUAUACUCCCUUCUGCUAAUCCUAUGUACAUUCUAGAGCAAGUAACAAAAGGAGUAAUAUCUGUCUUUCCUAAUAAAAUCAACCAUAUACUUACAACAAGAUCUUGGGAUUUUAUUGGAUUUCCUCAAACGGUUAAAAGACAAAACACGGUUGAAAGCGAUAUUAUUAUUGGAGUACUGGAUACUGGAAUAUGGCCAGAAUCGAAUAGCUUUAUAGAUGAAGGGUUUGGACCACCCCCAAGUAAAUGGAAGGGUUCUUGUGAAGGGCUAACUAAUUUCACUUGCAAUAACAAAAUAAUCGGAGCAAGGUACUACAAUAAAGAUAAAGACUUCAAAAAAGAUGAUAUUGAGUCUCCUAGAGACACAGAUGGUCAUGGAACUCAUGUAGCAUCUAUUAUAGCUGGUGGCCUUGUUAGUACAAGCUUCUAUGGUCUUUCUAACGGUACAGCUCGAGGAGGAGUCCCUUCUUCUCGAAUCGCGGUAUAUAAAGUAUGUUGGUCAUCCGGUUGCUUAUCGAGCGACAUCAUGACAGCAUUUGAUGAUGCCAUCAACGACGGGGUUGACAUAAUAUCAUAUUCUCUCGGACAACACAUUGUUAGCAACUAUUUUAAUAAUGUAUUAUAUAUUGGAUCUUUUCACGCAAUGACUAAAGGAAUUUUAACUACAAUGGCUGGCGGAAACAAUGGUCCGGGAAUGGGAACUAUAGGUAAUAUUUCUCCAUGGGCACUUACAGUUGCAGCAAGCAGGACUGAUCGUAAAUUUAUUACCAAUCUGAAGUUGGGUGAUGGUACAACAUUAGAGGGAAUUUCAGUGAACACUUUUGAUCCUAAUGGUUUCUCUCCUAUAGUGCAUGCUGCUAAUGUGAAAAGGAGAGGCUUCUGUGUUCCUAGUUUUAGGUUCUGCCGUUCAAAAUCACUUAAUCCACGGUUGGUAAAGGGUAAAAUUAUAGUUUAUGACGAAUUACAUACAGGAGAAGCAGCUCUUUUGGCUGGAGCAGUUGGUAUGGUAUUGAUCCGAGAAAAUAUAUCUUCAAUAACUGCUAAUAUUUAUUCCCUUCCUACAACUUUGGUUGGCGAUGAGGAUGGAAGACAAAUCUUGAACUAUAUUAAUAGAACAAGAAAAGCAACUGCAAACAUCAUGAAGAGCUAUGAAAUUGUUGAUGAGUUUGCACCAUAUAUUUCACCUGACUCGUCUAGGGGACCAAAUACUUUAACAUUUGGCAUCCUCAAGCCGGAUUUGUCUGCACCUGGUGAUAAUAUAUUGGCAGCGUGGACACUUGCGAAUUCUCCUACGAAUCUAAAAAUUGAUAGAAGAAGAGUUCCUUAUUCAAUCCAAUCGGGCACAUCAAUGGCAUGCCCACAUGUUAGUGCCGCGGCUGCAUAUGUCAAAUCUUUUAAUCCAUCGUGGUCUCCAUCAGCUAUAAAAUCGGCUCUUAUGACAACUGCAUUCACCAUGAGUGCAAUGAAAACUCUAGAAAAAGAAUUUGGUUAUGGAGCAGGACUCAUAAAUCCUAUAGCGGCGAUCGAUCCUGGACUUGUAUAUGAUGCCAAUAAAGAGGAUUAUAUACAGUUCUUGUGCAGUCUAGGAUAUACCAAUCAACAAAUGCACUAUCUUACGGGUGACAAUAGCACAUGCACCGAGUUUGUGAAACAAUAUGACUGGAAUCUUAAUAUGCCUUCAUUUUGCUUCCUUACCCUUCCGUUGAAAAGUUUUAAGGUCACAUUUCUUAGGAAAGUUACAAACGUGGGCUUGACAUCGACUACUUACAAUGUCAAAAUUGAUUCUUCAGAGAAAUUGAAAAUACAUGUUUUCCCCGAUACAAUCUCUUUCACGGGUGUCGGACAAACUCAAUCAUUCACGGUGACCGUUGAGGGAAUAAUUCCUCCAUCGACAAUUGUUAGUGCUUCUUUGUCAUGGGUAGACGCCACACAUAAAGUGAGAAGUCCCAUUGUUAUUUAUACAUUAUAA